CACAGAGAGAGAGAGACAGAGACAGAGACAGAGAGGGGGGGGAGAGAGAGAGAGAGAGAGAGAGAUCAAGAGAGAGGGGAUGAGGAAGGUGGUGUGUGUAACAGGAGGCUCCGGUUACAUAGCAGCAUGGCUGGUGAAGCUCUUACUGGAACGAGGUUAUAUUGUCAAAGCCACUGUUCGUGAACCAAAUGAUUCAAAGAAAACAGAACACCUGCUCUCACUUGAUGGAGCAAAAGAAAGGCUUCAAUUGUUCAAAGCAAAUUUAUUAGAAGAAGGAUCCUUCGACGCUGCAGUCGAUGGAUGUGAAGGUGUUUUUCAUACAGCAUCACCUGUACAAUUUUCAGCCGCUGAUCCGCAGGCAGAACUAAUUGGCCCUGCAGUGAAGGGAACACUCAAUGUUCUAAAAUCGUGCGUAAAAUUUCCUACUGUCAAGAGAGUGGUUUUAACAUCUUCUAUGGCUGCAGUCAUAGUGAAUGGAAGACCUUUGAACCCUGAUGUGGUAGUUGACGAAACAUGGUAUUCGGAUCAAGCUGUUUGUGCGCAGUUGAAGGAAUGGUAUUUUCUUUCAAAAACUAUAGCUGAGGAGGCUGCUUGGAAAUUUUCCAAAGAAAAUGGGAUUGACUUGGUUACAAUAAACCCAUCGUAUGUGAUUGGUCCGCUCCUACAGCCAACUCUUAAUCUCACUGUGAAGAUGAUUCUGAAUCUCAAAAAUGAUGUCCACGAUGUAAUCAGUUCAAAUUAUAUAUCUAGUGAUGUUAGAGAUGUUGCCUAUGCUCAUGUUCAAGCAUUUGAAGUCCCUUCGGCUAGUGGCAGAUAUUGUUUCGUUGGUCAUGUUACACCCGUGUCCAAGGUUCUGAAUAUUUUACAUAAACUCCAUCCCACUUUUUUCCCACCUGAAAAAUGUGAGGAUGACAAACCUUGUGAACCAGGCUUUCAAAUAUCUAAGGAAAAAGCAAAAAGUUUGGGAGUUGAUUUUCUUCCAUUGGAAGUAAGUCUUAGGGACACUAUUGAAAGCCUCAAAGAGAAGGGCUUCCUCCAGCUUUGAAUGCAAGUGUUUGUUUCUGCACUCUCUCACAAGAAACGUUGGACAUUACAUUGUUCAUGUUUGGAUUUUCUAAAUUUAUCCUCGAUGGCGCAUGAAUGUUCAGAUGUUGUUUCAACUCUUGAUGGCUCGA